AUGGCUGAGGUGCCGCCGUCCAGGCUAACACAGGUCGACGAAGACGGACAGCAGAACGAGUCUGGUAUGCCUGCAGCCUCGCACUUUGUUCAAACCGCCAUUAUGCUUCCUCGAUUCCUGCGGCCGCAGAGCUCUCUGCGUGCGGUUUCCUCCCUCACACAGAAACCUAACUCCGCCCUCCCACGCUUCCAAACCCGCAGCUUGCACCGUGUUCCUCAGUUGACCCACGAUGCGCAAUUUAAAAAGAAUGGCAUUUCGGAGCUGUUGUCUCCCGAGGCUUUUGAUUUCGCCUGGACGCAAUACCAGACCCUCCUUGUGGACAAGUUGAAUCUGUUGACACAGGACACCCCCGAUGCCGAUGCGAAACCUGGAGAUCUGCUGGUCAAGUACUCCCGCCGCCCGGAGAUGGCGUCCGUCUUUAAUUAUGCUUCAAUGGCCCAUAACAACCACUUUUUCUUCAACUGUCUGUCACCCAACCCCACGCAGAUCCCCGAAAAAUUCGCCAAGGAUAUCGUCGACACCUGCUCUUCGGUCGAGUCUCUGAAGCUUGACUUCCUGGCAACCGCCAACGCUAUGUUCGGUCCUGGAUUUGUGUGGCUAGCCAAGAACCUGGAAAGGGAGGGACUAAUGCACAUCUUCUGCACCUAUAACGCCGGCUCGCCCUACCCGGCCGCCCAUUCUCGGAGACAACCGGUCGACAUGGCGACUCACUCGCCAGAUGCUCCCUUGGGUAACCAGUAUGCCGGUGCCAUGGGAUCUCACUCACAGAACCAGAAGAGCCUGGCCCCUGGCGCGGUGGAUGUUCAGCCCAUCCUGUGCGUCAACACCUGGGAGCACGUGUGGAUGAUGGACUACGGAAUUGCAGGCAAGGCGGAGUAUCUGGAACGGUGGUGGGAUCGGAUCAACUGGGAGGUGGUGUUUGACAACUACAAUGCGGUCAGCUCGAUGAAGGGAGGACGACAGGCGGCCACCUGGAACCGGAGCCUGAGCAUGCUAUGA